AUGACAACGGCAACAGAAAUGGGGUCCACGAAAAUAACACCCGAGGUUCUGCAAGAGAUGCUACAACAUUACAAUUUAACGCGACAAGAGUUCAUCGAGUCUUACAACAUACAGCCGCUUGUCUACGUCCCUGAGUUGCCGUUGGGCGCUAAAACGACUUUCGUCAUCAUGUAUGCUGUCAUAUUCCUCCUGGCUUUGGUUGGGAACAGUUUGGUUGUCUACAUAGUGGUGCGUAAAAGAGCAAUACAGACCUCCACUAAUAUCUUCAUCUGUUCUCUGGCGGUGAGCGAUCUUCUUAUCACAUUCUUCUGUAUCCCGUUCACCUUGUUGCAGAACAUCUCGUCGGAAUGGCUCGGAGGUGUUCUCAUCUGCAAGACGAUUCCUUUUGUUCAGACUAUGGCCAUAGUGACGGGGAUUCUCACAAUGACCUGCAUCGCCGUGGAGAGGUACCAGGGAAUUGUCUACCCCUUGAAAAUGAGGAGGCAGUACACUCCGAAAAGAGCAUACAAGAUGCUAGGACUUGUAUGGAGUGCAUCAGUGGUUGUGGGAUCCCCAAUGCUGUUCGUACAGCAACUAGAGGUGUGUCAAGCCCCUCCCAUCACAGCUACU